AUGGGCUACGACCAGGGCCUGCCUCCCCAUGGCGCCUCCUGGCCGCAGCAAUCCAACUAUGACCCAUACUCCUACGCCUACGCCUACGCCUACGCCUGCCACAGCGCCGCUGCCACCUCAUACAACCACCAGCCGCCCCCACCGGGAACAGAGCAUGCUGCUCCCGCGGCCGCCUCCUCGUCGUGGUCGUCCGCAGCGGGAGCAUCGAACAACGUCGUAGUGGGCGGGCCAGGGGCGAACCCUUUAGCCGUUUCCGCGCUGUCGCAGCCGACCAGCUUCGCCACCUCGAUCGGGUGGUCCGGGCGCGACGUGGGACACCUGCCGUACUACGAUCCGCAGUACCCGCCGGCGCAGCAUCCCACAGCGGUCGGGGGUAUAGGUACGCUCAUGGGUGGGGGCAGAGGUGGAAGCCCUAUGUAUCAUCCUCUUACAUGGAAUGCAGGAAUUACAUCACCAUGUGGUAGAGGCCGAGGCCGAGGCCGAGGCCGAGGGCGUGGAAACAAGAGCAGUGAUAGGCAGUUAGCCAUUCGAGCAUCUGGUGGAUCAUCUGCAUCAGAGGCUCAGCCCGAAACUGUGUGUGCACCAGCACAUGUAAUGCAAGCUACAACCACCAAUUUCACACCGGGUACUGUAGUUCCAGCUGCUUGGUGUGAUAUAUGCCGAGUGGGGUGUAAUAGCAAGGAAAUCCUUGAGCAGCACAAAAAUGGAAAGAAGCAUAAACGGACUGUGCAGAGAAUGCAAGAUAUGGUUCGCCUGCAAGGUAUGACUCCUGCUAUAGCUGACAUGGGUGCUCCUUCAUCAACAUCUUCUCAGUUGGCUCAAGUAGAAGGCCCCUCUACUGCAGUACAUAUGGUCCCACCUCUUGGUUCAACCAGCAUUGGUGGGGAGCACAAAGACUUGGCUCCUGAAAAUGUUGUAGCUUCAGUUUCUGGAGGGCAAAUUACUGAGGUGACAGGCAGUUCUUCCAAGCAAAACACAACACAUCAUACAGCAGAAGAUGGUCACAGUGUUGAAGCACAGGUAGAACUGCAUGUUGCUGUUCAAGCUUAUCAGCCUUCAAAUGAGAUGAAAGAUGGCGGUGAAGCUCCACCAAAUGCAGUGGAAGCAAGGAUGGAUGUCAACGGCAACAAGAAUGGCCCAAAGAGGAAAAUGACAGGAGUUGGCCGUGGUGGAAAGAAGCUGAGAGUGUGUCAAGCCCCGCGGCAAAGGCCUGAGCGACCGCAACGACCGCCGAAUCGCCUCGCCAUGACGAACGCGGUGGCAGUGGAGCCGGCGCCGCUCGUGCGGGCCCACGCCUGCACGGCUGCCGCCUCCUUCCCGCCCCCGCGCCGUCGAAGAGCUGCUGGAGCUAUCAGGGCGUCUCCCGCAUCCGGCCGGACCGAGGGCGCCGGUGAGCUCCCCGCCCCGCUCCUCCCGAACGCGCGGCGACGGGGACGCGACCCGCUCUGGCACGGCGGCGGGUUCAGCCUCGGCGUCGACCUCGGUGACGCCCGCACCGGCCUCGCCAUCGGGAGGGGAAUCACCCUCCCUCGACCCCUCACUGUUCUGAAGCUCCGCGGGCAGAAGCUAGAGCUUACGCUGCUCGACGUGGCUCGGCAGCAGGAGGCGGACGAGCUCAUCAUUGGGCUUCCCGUGUCCGCUGAUGGGAGGGAGACACCGCAGUCCAACAAAGUGCGGAGCGUCGUCGGGAGGCUCGCCGUCCAAGCGGCCCAAAGCAGGGGCUUGAGGGUAUAUCUGCAGGAUGAAUAUGGAACGUCCACGGACGCCCUAGAUUACAUGAUCUCCAGGGGUGUUAAGAAGUCUGCCCGUGAUACCAAAUCUGAUGCAUAUGCUGCUGUGAUGAUUUUGAAGAGAUAUUUCACGUCAUCAGGUCAAGGGGCUAAGAUUGUUCUUCCCAGGCAACCAGAAUUACAGGACAAGUUAAUACUAGUUCAGUCUAGGCAAGAUGCUGAAAUUUAG